AUGGCUUGGUAUGAGAAGUUUGCUGAUGCUCUCAUCUCUCUUGACUUCAAACCUUCUUUGGCUGAUCCAUCAUUAUUUAUCAUUAUUCACUUAGGUACUCUCUUCGCUAUUAAAGAUCUUGGAGCUCUACAUUUCUUCUUGGGAUUGCAAGUUACCAGAAAUGUUAAAGGUUUAUUUCUCAGUCAAACAAAAUAUGCCAUUGAUAUUCUUCAAAAAUGUAACAUUGUUGGCAUUAAACCUUGCACAUCUCCUUGUCCUGCAAAUUUCAAACUUUCUGCUUCAGAUGGAGAUCUUCUCGCUAAUCCUACAGAGUACAGAUCUCUUGUUGGAUCUCUGCAUUAUCUGACAUGGACAAGACCUGAUAUUAGUUUUGCAUUCAAUCAUAUUUGUCAAUUUAUGCAUGCUCCAACUACUGCACAUCUUCAAGCUGCUAAGAGAGUUCUCAGAUACAUUAAAGGCACUCUUGGUCAUGGUAUUAUAUUCUCUCAAGGUUUCAAUGCCUUACAAGGCUACACUGAUGUUGAAUGGGCAGGCAAUCCAGAUGACAGAAGGUGGAGCUGCAAAUUACAAUGGAGGUGGUCCAAGUUGAGGCUUAAUAGUGUUGGUGCAGAUGAACUGGUAUUAGUAAUUGUUGGUGGAUCUGUAGGUAGUGGUUUUGUUGACGGAUGGCUAUGA